AUGGCUGGUAGACGACUUGGUCAUAUGGGUCUCGAAGAUCCAGCCAGGAUCACAUUUCACGGGCGUCGCGAACAAAAGAUGAAUUGGAACACUAUUGCUUUUGCUCGAUGUGUGGUUUACACUGACUACAUACGGCAAGUAGGAAUGUUUCUUCUUUAUUACUGGUAUCUCGUUGACACUCUCAAACUGAACAAUUUUAAUGUAAGAAAAUUUUGGAAAAGAACCAAAGACAUUCUUAGCAAGCGGACAAUUUAUUACCGGUGAGAAAUAUAUUGUCAGUGGCGGAAAUUCACUUUUUUCGGGGGGGCGAAGCCUUCUAAAUUUCCGACAAAACUUUCAAAUUUCCGACAACCCCCCCCCCGCACUCGAAAAGGCUGUUUUUAUUCUUUAUAGGUCAAAAUUUCCGAAAAUUCGUCAUUUUCCACUUAGGGGGGGGGGGCGGCCGCCCCCCGUCCCACCGAGAUUUCCGCCACUGUAUAUUGUAUGAACUAACUGGUUUCCGUAAUAAGAGCUCAUCUUUCUAAACCUCGUCAAUUUUGUCCAUAAAAUGGCACCGGUUCGUUUAGUUCUUAAUUGGCUGCAAGGAUAGUACAGGAAAAACAAGCUAGGUUGUUUAGAGAAAUGGAUUGUGACCUGAAAACGCCAUCAAGGCUCUUAGGAUUAGUGAAACAACUAGUGAACAGCUAAAGAGAAUUGAAAGAGAUGGAACACAACAGCCGGCAAUCAAUUUUGUAAAAAACUAAGCAACCACUAACAAACAUGAUGCGUAGAAACACGCACGGCCAAAGAAGAGCAAUACAGUUCGAAAGCAGAGAAAAGCUGGACAGCAGUGCAGAUAUUGUGGAAGGUGACAUGAAAGAGAUAAAAAAAUGUCCACCAGAAGAUUUGCAAAAUCCAAUCACUUUCAGUCGGUGUGCCUGCUAAAGCAUGUCCUCCAACAUUUGCAAGAAGUAUCAAGAUCGGAUGAAGUGACAGCUUAUUACAUUGAAACAGUGCAAACAGUAGAACAGUUUUCUGUACCGCUUCGAUUCUAAGAUGAUUGUGGCGAAACUUAGUUCAGUAUGAACAGGGUGUCAACUUCACAGUUCAGUGUGAACAGGGUGUCAACUAGAUAUGAAGCACACUGGAAAGCCUGCUAUGCGACCAACAACUACAAAACUGAGACUGUAUGAUUAAAGUAUAGUACAAGAACUAGGAAAAUGUGAUUUUCAAUGUAAAUUCAAGGAUGAGCAGCAUUUAUUAAAUUUGUCAGUACAGUAGUACUCACUACUUGUUGUCAGUUGAAUCCUGCACAAAGAUGGAUUCAUAACAGUACAUGUACUAAACAAUGUUAACAUACCUUCAGCAGUGGAAGAACCACAAGAUAUCUUACAAGGAUGUGUUUGAGGAAUUGGGCUAUCUCCUUGGAGAAUACCAUCUUGAGGUGGACCUGAGCGUCACUACUGUGAAAGGCGAAGGCAACAAGUUACGACUGGGCGUAGAUCCAAGAGACUUGAACAAAGCUUUCAAACGCUCUCACUACCGAAUGCCGACGAUCGAAAAAGUAUUGCUAGAGCUGUUCUACAAGAAUCUAUCCGAUUUUUAAGCAGAAUUUGUCCGAGUGAAUAAUGAUUGGCAGCAAAGGAACAAUUCGCAAACAGUGUCAAUUCCACAAGCUCAUUGCUGGACGAGGGGGAGACAGAAGAAGAAGCACUGAAAGACCAUGACCUGAACCACCUGUAAAGAUGAACAACAGUGGAUCAAUAAACCAUAGAUAUCUUAUAUACACUAGAUAGCGAAUCUCUUUCAGUAAAAUUGAAGCCAAGAAUAUUCCAGCGGUUACCCCCAUUUGAAUUGAUGGCAGCCAUGUUGGUGUUUCCCACUCGCUAAUAAACGCUUAAAAAGCAACAAUAACUUUCAUCAUUUGAAUAGUUUGAAAAUGUAUUUGGAAUAGGCUUAACUUAAUGUUUAAGUCCCCUGUUUAAGAAAUAGAAAACAUACGAGUUUUCUCAUUUCAUGGGAAUAUCCUGAGUCUGCAAUCACGGCUUCAAUUUUUGAAUUGCAGAAUAAUUAGAUGCACUAUCUAGUGUAUAUAAGAUAUCUGUGUAAUAAACCCCCAAGCGAACUGAAUAUUUAAUAAUUCACAUUAUAGGUCGGUGGACACGUCGCCGGAUUAUAUUUUGUUUAUAUAGCUUGUAAGUAA